GCGGAUGUAUGAUAUAUUUUGACAGGCAACGACCCAUCCAACUACGAAGACAGGUUCCCCGAAGAUCCCAUGUACGCAGAGACGGCGCCUAAUGCCAGAGUAUGGAGAACACUCCAGGAGGAAAGCGCGAUCCACGAUGCGAACAUGGUUGAAGAAUUUAGGGAUAACGUCGAUGUCCUCCUAGUAUUUGCGGGUCUUUUCUCAGCGGUCGUCACGACCUUUGUCGUCCAGACGUCCCAGAGUCUGCAAGCUGAUUAUGCUCAGGCCUCGGCAUCUAUCUUAUUCGAAUUGCUUCUCGUUCAACGUGCAAUCGCCAAUGGCUCUUCCGUCGAUGCCAUCCCCGUCUCUUCGCUCAGCCCUCAGACCGCAUUUGUACCUUCAGCUACAGAUGUCUGGGUCAACGGAUUGUGGUUCACCAGUCUGUUUCUCAGCCUGACAACUGCGCUGGUAGCUGUUCUCGUGAAACAGUGGCUGCAUCACUACAUCAUCCUCCCCUCUGGAACCCCUCGUGACCGGUGCUUUGUUCGACAGUACCGGUAUAUGGGAUUCCAGAAGUGGCACGUCGAGGUCAUCGUUGGCCUACUACCUGUUCUCAUGCAUCUGGCUUUAGCUCUGUUCUUCGUUGGAUUGUCGCUGUUCCUCCAUCCCCUUCGAGCUGCUCUUUCACGGGUUAUUUGUACGGGAACUGUCCUGCUGAUUGUGGCAUAUACGGUCAUGACCAUCCUUCCUAUGUGUUUUCCGCAAUGCCCCUACCGCACUCCACUCUGUGAUCUUACAUACCCUCCCUAUAAUUAUAUCGCCUUCUUAUUUCAGAAGCACUACAAUCGACUGCUUGAGCGUAUACGUAAGGAAGAGGUGGAGCCAAUGGAUAACACCAAAGCAAAGCUAAACUCCUUAAAACAGCUAGAGCUUGAUGCAGUGGAGAAGGUGUCAAUUCGAUUAUCGGUCGAGGCAUUGCACUGGCUGUUCUCUGUCUCGUCAAACCCUACAGUCCAGAGCGUUGUUGUUGAAUCCAUAGGCGGGCUGCCCAUGGAAGCUCUGGUAGACGUUAAUGCUGUUUUUCGUGGCAGUCCAUCAAUCGACGAUGUACGAAAGAACUUACUGUUGUCGCUAACCAGAAACUAUUAUACCAAUCGCACGUUGAAGAUAGUGGAUAUGCCAUCAGCGAUGAAGCAUAAAUUCGAGCGGCUCCUUCGUUCUUGCAUGUUCAUUUCUUGGAAGAGGGCGUGGUGGCAGCCCGAUCUUAACCAAUUGGACCGACUGGACCGAAAUGGGACUGGUGCUACUUUCGUGACCCAGAUACCAAAAUUGUUUAGGUCCGGGUUUCCGUGGGGGUGCGGUGGAUUUCUCCACGAUAUUCUAUGCCUUGAGACGCCAGCAAAGUUUCCUCCCAUUGUCUGGGCAAACCUCGUACAGGAGGCAGUACUAGCUGACUGGGACCCCAACCUCUUUGAUACACUCGACGAAUUCCCAAUGGUCCUUUGUUCAGCUGUGACUGGUAUCGUUGGGGGAGGCACCCCAAAGCAGCAACUAUUUGCUUCACCGCUUGUUGUAGACUUUCAACAUGCGGUUGAGUACUUUCCCGAGAUGGCACUGAAGUAUAUAAUGUGUUGGUUGUCGCCAUUUGAUUCACUUUCUGAUGAGCACGUCGUGUGUCGGGCAGUGGCGGCUUCUAUCCAUCUCAUGAUCCAUAGGCUUUGUCGAUCAGCAGCAGGGACAGAUAUCUCCGAGACCCCUGAGAUCCCGUUGCUGCGUUUGAUGUUCAGUACAUUGGAUCACUGGAUUCGUUUUAGGAAGAAUCUCGAGUCUGUUCAGAAGAUACUCGAAUCAAUCAUCGUGAAUACUCCGAUUUUCAGCCAGGAUCUAAUUCAAGGUCCAAAUGAUUUCUACUGGGGUUUGGUCCUGGAUUACUACACUGACGUAGUGAGUUCGAAGACUGAUGUUACUUCACAUAUACAUCCUUCCUCGUCUGCUAUUCAGUUGCUCUUCACUUUUGUCACCACUCAAUGGUCCAUGCUUCCCACAUCUUCCACGACUCAAUCUGCACUUUCCUUCCUGGUGUUGUGUCUCCAAAACCGCAUUAGGUCUGCAUAUGAUGCAUUUUAUGAACAACGUUGUUUGGAGUUCCUUGUGACGCAACCAGUCUCUUCAUGGUCAGCAUUGCUCUGUGGUGCAUAUGUCACUGGCAUCAUCGAUUCAAUACCAUUGCCUGGAGAUGAUGUCAUAGAGAAUCAGACACUCCAGCAAGCAAUGGAUCAUCUUUAUGAGCCUGAAAAUCUCUUUUUUGUGGCCUCUACCUUGGCCAUGUACAAUGAUUGGCUGAACUGGAACCCGGUCUAUUUACCAAAAUUCCGUGUCUGGAUGCCCAAUAUCCUGAUAGCACUUGCUCGAAUUCGGCCGUUUGAUCACGAAUGUCGACAGAGGCUUCGAACAUUAGGUGAGAAUGAAAACUGUUCCAUUGGAUCAGAGGGCGAAGAUGAGGGAAUCAAAGAACGGAGGCACAAUAUGCAUGCAGCUAUUGAGGGGCUGGAAGCGUCCUUAGCAACGCCUCCUCAGGUUGCAGCGAGUUUAGAAUCGGCAGAGUCACCGCAACCUGAGACUCGGUUAGAUCAUAUAGGUCGCCUGCUACCUUGGCGUCGACAGCGACACCAGGAUGGGGAACACCAAUUGGCUGAAGGUGUUUAGUUACAUUCUCACUGAAGCUUUAUUAUUCUGUUGAUAAUCACAGUCUCAUGAGUAGCAGACUUGAAUUUGUAUAUACAUCCGUCUCAAUAUCAGCGAAAGACUGUAUUUAUCCGCAAGCAACUUCAUCCUUCAAAAUAUCAAGGUCGUUGCCGUGAACCUUGACUCAAUACAUCUCACUGAUCGGAAACAAAGGGUGUCAGCAUGAAGGAUCAAAAUAGCUCGGAGUACGUACGUACAGUUGAAGUGGAGGUUCUGUUAACUGAGGGAAUAGACUAAUA